AUGAGUGAAAGCAAUGACGAUAUGGAGCGAGAUCAAAGUGCACGAGAGAUGCAAUCUGAAUCUGAAUCCGACGAUCUUAACAUGAUGACCGACGACUCGACUUACAGAAGAGACGACUCCAGGAGAGUCCAGUCAAUUACGGGAUCGAUGUCUGAGGAACAACUGCACAGAUAUGAAAAGUUCCGAGGCAGUGGGUUUCCAAAGGCAGCAAUCAAGAAAUACAUAAGCAGUGUCAUAGGGCAAGCAGUAAAUCCAAACUUUGUGAUUGCUGUGUGCGGCCUUGCAAAGGUGUUUGUUGGAGAGAUGACAGAGGUAGCAAAGGAAGUGCAAUCUGAACGUUUGGAAAAAGGGCCGUUGCUGCCAUCGCAUAUACAUGAGGCAUACAGGCGGCUGUACAAGAAGACACCUUGCAUAAAGGUAUUCAAGAAAGCACCCUGGCAUUGA